AUGGAGGUCUUAAGAGUUUUAACUGUUGGGAUUUUGGUUUCAUGGGUUCCAAGUAUUGUAGGAGAGGAGGUGAUGGCUUCAACACUUGGUGAUAUUCCGGCCAUUUACAACUUCGGCGACUCAAAUUCAGACACCGGCGGUAUUGCAGCAGCUUUUUACCCCAUGGAAGCCCCAUGUGGUGAGACAUUCUUCGGAAAACCUGCUGGAAGAGGCUGUGAUGGUCGCCUAAUCAUAGACUUCGUUGCUGAGCAUCUGAAGUUGCCAUACUUGGGUGCAUAUCUGAAUUCAAUUGGAACCAACUUCAGGCAUGGUGCGAACUUUGCAACAGGAGGUGCAACCAUUAGGAGGCAGAAUGAAUCAUGGUUCGAAAAUGGUGUAAGUCCAUUCCCUCUUGAUAUUCAGACCGAGCAUUUUCAUCAGUUCAAAGAACGUACAACCGAUCUCUACAAUCAAGCCAAAAAGCCAUCCGAGAGAAGCAAUCUCCCGAGGCCAGAGGACUUCUCAAAGGCUCUUUACACCUUUGACAUUGGCCAAAAUGAUAUUGCUGUUGGUUUUCGGAAGAUGAGUGAUGAAGAACUCCGAGCAGCUAUACGGGACAUCGUUGACAAGUUUACAGCAGCAGUUCAAUAUCUAUAUCAAGAAGGGGCAAGGGCGUUCUGGAUACACAACACAGGCCCCAUUGGUUGUUUGCCGGUAUACACAGUGAGUGUUCGAAAUCCGACGCCAGGGUAUCUUGAUGAGCAUGGAUGCGUCAAGGGUCAGAAUGACAUUGCCAUGGAGUUCAAUGGGCAGCUCAAGGAUAGAAUGAUCCAACUAAGGGCAGAGCUCCCUGAAGCUGCAAUAAUAUAUGUGGAUGUUUACGCAGCAAAGUAUGGAUUAAUCAGUAAUGCAAAGAAGCAAGGAUUUGAGGAGGCCUUCAAGAUCUGCUGUGGGAUUCAUGAGAAUGACACUAGUAUCUGGUGCGGGAAUAAAGGGAUGAGAAAUGGUACGGAGGUCUUUGGUGGUUCUUGUGCAAGGCCUUCUACAUAUAUCAGCUGGGAUGGUGUACACUACUCUCAGGCUGCAAAUCUUUGGGUUGCUAAUCAAAUAUUAAAUGGUUCGCUGUCAAACCCACAAGUACCAAUCACCCAAGCAUCUUUGGGUUGCUAA